ACCGGUUGAUGCCUCAGCCGGACAGUAUUAACAUUAGCAUUAACAUGUAUUCUGGUAACAUGGAUGUUGACCUGGUUUUUGUAUGACCUGGACGGCGAUGCUUCUCGUCACUAAUACUAGAGGCGUUGAUGUUUGAGCUCGUCUCCAAAUGGUCUGGUAAUAUUUUGACGUCCUACCUAGUUAGCAGCAAGCUAGCGGGCCGUUGUCAGCCAGGACCUAGAGAAGCAGCAUCAUCAUCAAUGGUGUGUCUACAUCCCGGAGCCGUCACAUUUGCCUGUGUACGCUCAAUGAACCAUCUCCUCAGCUCACAUCACAGCUGCACAUGUAUGGCGUUUGCGAGGCUUGGAGGGGAGUUUUGCCAAGCCCAGCACCUGCUGCUUAUUGUGGACAAGUGAACAGGAGACACAAGCAAGGCGCAACCACUGCCAUUCACACAGAUCGGUCCUUACUGCCAUCCAGUUCAACACAUAUGAAGAAAAGCCAACCUUUGGUCUUUCACCUGUCCUGUGGAGUAGGGGAGGCUUUGAUUUUUGUUCUGGGAGUCUCUGUUUCCUCUCUGCUCUUCUUUCCUCUUUUGCAUUCCCCGUCUGCUCUGAUUCAUUCAAGUUUUCUCUGAAUGGGCUAAGAGAUCUGAAAGAAAAAAGGAAAGAUCUGCUUUCUGUCUUCAGUUAUCCCCCUUUGGACAUUGGGUAUCCUCUGUCCAUUCAUUUUUAACCCUAACGUGGUUACUAAGUUUUAAGCUUUUCUCCACGGCCAAUUUUUGUUUCAUUGCCAAGAUAAUUUCAUUUUUUUCCAUCAUUUUUAAAGAUAAAACUUUUUUUGUCAUAGAAUAUUCCCUCUCUUGCUGAGAAGACCUACUUAAAUGCAACAUAGUGGAAUUAUUAUAUAGUGGGAGUCAGUGUUUUCUUACACCACGUUUUGUUAAAGCAUUUUUCAUUUUUUUAAGAAGGCCUAGGGCAUCCACUUUGAGUCCUCAAGCUCCAUUCUUUAAAGCACAGUACUUUUGCUGAUUUUUCUUUUGUCUUUAAACAAAUCUUUGUGGAUCUUAAAAUGAAUCGACCGGCUCCAGUGGAGAUUUCUUAUGACUGUCUGAGAUUUCUUAUCACGCACAACCCCACCAAUGCACAACUGGGAAAGUUCAUAGAGGAUCUGAAGACAUAUGGUGUGAACACCCUGGUGAGAGUGUGUGCUGCUACUUAUGACAAGACACCAGUGGAACAAGAAGGCAUACAAGUUCUGGAUUGGCCAUUUGAUGAUGGUUCGGCCCCCCCAGAUCAGGUGGUUGAUGAUUGGUUGAAUUUGCUGCAGGCCAAGUUUAGGGAUGAGCCUGGCUGUUGUGUGGCUGUGCACUGUGUAGCCGGACUAGGACGAGCUCCUGUGUUGGUGGCCCUGGCUUUAAUUGAGUGUGGGAUGGAAUAUGAAGAUGCUGUGCAUUUCAUUAGACUGAAGCGUCGCGGUGCGUUCAAUGCCAAGCAGCUGCUUUACCUGGAAAACUACAAGCCUAAACUGUGUUUGCGCUCCAAAGACGCGAACGGACAAAGCUGCUCGAUACAGUAGGAAUUGAAAUCCCCCUCACGCUCACUGCAGCUUCUUUGAAGAUUUUGAGCUUUUGGUUAAACAUUAGAUGUAUUUAUUUAUUAUUAAUGAUAAAAAAAUAUCAAAAUUCAUUCAGUACAGUUAUUGCAGAAAGUUUAACGAAAUGCUGACAACAGUCAGAGAAGGAGUUUACCUAUCACAUGACAUCUGUUAUGUUUUACACCAAAAAUCAGCAUAAAAAAUUUAAGCUGUUCAAGAUUCUUAUUUAUUCAUUGAUCUGUAACCUCAUUUUAUUUUUUAAUUAAUAUGUAGCAUAAAGUAACAAAUACUUGGCACAUGAAAAGGAAACUCAGCAUCUCACUAAAGUCACUUUCACUGUGAUAUCACACUUGUUCUGGUGUAAAAUGAUUUAACAUUUGUUUUUUCAACAUCAGUAGCCAAGAAUGGUAUGUUUGUUCAAAGAUGCAACACUAAAACAGGCCGAUUGAAUACAUUGGUGGCUGCGUGUGCUUUCAGAGGCUUCGUAAAUCUUCACAGCAACAUAGCGCUUAAAGGCCGAUUUAAUUUCCUUCAGUCUGUCCUCACUCUGAUCAAAUCCGUGUCCUUGCAGCCAGAAUUCGGCACAAUAGAUAUUACUAAUGAAGAUAAUAAUGGUAUGGCACAUGCACCAUUAAAACGUAUUUAAACUAUGUGUUACAAAGAAGGAAAAACAAAAAAAAGUUGUCAGUUUGACGCACAUGUGAAAUAUGCUGUAUUAAAUGGUACUACAUCUACCUACCUACUGUAUGUCCCAAGCCAGAGUCAUAGGCGUUCAGUGGCUGUAAAUUUUUUGCACUGUCCUUCAUAUUAUCAUCGCGGCAAGAGGGCCAACAUGUAAAAUCAGGUGGUGAAUGUAUUUAUGACGGAUCAUGUGAAGCGUCUGGUAGAUUGUCCUGUUGACUAAAACAAAAUAAUUGGUACAACCUUUACCCCUAAUGUUCCAAAUAUACACAUUACCCAGUGUCGCUCAGCAAAUUGCAUGUAUAACUGAGUGGUAUACAUCUUUUACUGCUGAUUUUUAGGCAUAGAUUAUACUGAGUGGUAAUCUGCAUAACAAUACUAUUGAAUGAUUGCAAAUACAAGCAUGGAAUAAUGACAGUAACAAGUGACAACGAUAAAUCUGGUGCACAACGGGACAGUCUCCUAAACUCUUCAGUGUUCUUAUUCCAACAACCACAGAACAGGCUGCUGUAUUGUCUAUGUCCGGCUCUGUACCUACCUAGCUAUCUGGUCAGCUGCUAUGUUUGUAAGAUGCUGUUGGUCUUUGUGAUGUUGCGUUUUUAUAGGUUUUCUUUUCUUUUUCCCUGUACCUUUUUUCUCUAUUUAUACUUGUUAUUUAUUUAUUAAUUCCACUGUGUUUCUUUGUGAUAUGUUUGUCCGCUGGGAAAAAAAGCUAUUAGUGUCUUCUUGGACAAAUAAAGUGUUUAGUACUGUAA